AUGGCAAUCCUGUCUCCUUCAGUUUUUCUCAAUUUUCGAGGAGACCAGUUACGCUAUGGGUUCGUCAGUCACCUCCUCGACGCCUUUCAAAGACACGGGAUCAUGUUCUUCGUAGAUAAAAAUGAGCAGAGGGGAAAAGACAUGACAAACCUCUUUGUAAGGAUCGAAGCAUCGAAGAUCGCGCUCGCAAUUUUUUCAAGCAGGUAUGCAGAGUCAAGCUGGUGCAUGGAUGAGCUGGUGAAGAUGAAGAAGUGUGUCGACAAUGGGAGCCUCCAAGUGAUUCCUAUUUUUUACAAGGUUAGGGCAAGUGAUGUGAAUAGGAAAACAGGCGAGUUUGGUGAAAAAUUUUGGGCACUAGCAAGAGUUUCUAGUGGAGAGCAGAUCAAGAAUUGGAUGGAAGCCCUAGAAUGUAUCUCGGGGAAGAUGGGUUUGUCCUUGGGAGACAAAAGGUAG